AUGCUCAAACGAAAGCGCUCUGCCUCGGAGCUCGCCUCUUCCCCCGACCACAACCAGAUCAUCAACGUCCCUCCACAUGCCUCGUACAAUGCGCCGGCCCCGCAUCUCCCCAGCCGCACUCUCAAGCGCUUCCGCGACGGCAGGCCGUCAGACGAUCAAGUCCAUCAGCACACCCUCGGUCUCCUCUACUCUGCUCAACGGCGGCACCAACACGAUCCUUCGCCGGCCCCGCAGCCAUCUCUCACCCCGGACCCGUCCUCUACCCUCCGCGACCAGCAAACUCUGCACCGCUUCUGGACCAUCCACUCGGCGCCCACCUCGGCCGGAUCCUCUCCGGCUUCCGAUAGACCGUUGCCCGUCGAGGCCCCGUCGAGCUGCCAGGACUGCGGAGCCGGUCUGAGGGAGGAGGGCGGCGGCGACUUCAUGGACCUCGACGACUUCCCCUUCCAUGGCGCCAACACCGCUUGCCGCGCCUGUGGGAAGCACGUCUGCUUCAGCUGCUCUGUCAGCAAUCUCGGCGAGGACAAGCGGUGCCUGCAGUGCGCGGGAAAAAGAGUCUGGAUCGGCGGCAUUGGCUGGGCCAAUAACGGAGUCUCGGUUUGCUGA